UCAUACAGUUUUACUUUUCCUGUUCUCUUUUAUCCAUUAAUAUUACGUUACAUCUUAAACUUGAUCAUAAAUUAUGAGUAACAGCUGCAUAAACAUGGCGUUUUGUUUAAUCAGAGACUCAAUUUUUGAUUCCACCUUUAGCAGGGGUUUCACUUUUCCUUUUCAACAGCUGAAUAGGGACCAGCUUUACACAUAUUGUAUCAUUGGCCUGAAAACAUUUCUUCAGGACGGAAAGGCAGAGUCGAAAUAUUCAAGUUGUGAAAGGAAGUGACGAGAUUUCUGGAUGGAAAGGAUCGAACAUCCUCAUGACAGUGAGGCGAGUGGCGCAACUCUGAGAAAGAAGCGGCUUGGUGGUGUUUGUUCAAGACGGGCAUCAAAGAGAAGCAGACUCCAUACAGACAGAAUGGCGUCAGAGGAACCACCAGAGACUAUUGACGUGGAGAACGACAGACUAACUGGUGAAGAGGUGGUGGACCUUACCAGCGAAACCUCAGAAGCAUCUGUGGUUGAUCUUACAAAUGCAGACUGUGUUGUGUUGCUGGAUGAAGCAGGUCCACACAGGCGCCAGAGCACAGCAUCUGAAGGCUACGUUUUAAUAAGUGACGAAGAAGAGAUGGCCAUUCCCAGUCAGUCUCUUCCACAUAACUCCAGACUCAGGUCUCAGAAUGGUGAAGUGAGUUGCCUUGUUUGCCGCAAAACGUAUGCCGAGAUCACGCAGGAUGGCAAUGGCAUGAUGUCAACAGUGUGUGGACACAUGUUCUGCAAGCUAUGCCUAGAAAAAUCCCUGGAGAAGUCCCACAGCUGCCCCAAGUGCCGAACUAAACUCACCCGGAAACAGUACCAUCCUGUUUAUUUCUCAUUCGCCAAUGGAGAAGGAUGAUGUUCACAGCUCUGUAAAUAUAUAUAUCUCCCUCUCUCUCUCUCUCUCUCUCUCUCUCUCUCUCUCUCUCUCUCUCUCUCUCUCUCUCUCUCUCUCUCUCUCUCUCUCUCUCUCUCUCUCUCUCUCUCUCUCUCACACACACACACACACACAUACACACACACACCGACUCACAUUUUCAGAUAUGCAGACACAAAAAAAGAACAGCUAGCAAUACCUUGUUCCGUGAAAAGAAAGCUACUUUUAUGGAUAAACUUUUGUUCCCUUAUAGUAGGCAGUAUUAUUUCAAUGCGUUGCCAUGUGUGUGUGUGUUGUACAGAUGUGUUUAUUCUGGACAUUUUUUGUGCGCUUUGUUUUAUUUGUGAAGUUCUUCCCAGUUAAUUUAUAUUUCAUUCACAAUACAAAUAAAGUUAUUUCUUAAAUGAAA